AUGUGUUUCAAGCAGCUUUCCCUCACUAUGGCCUUUGUCAUGGGCGUUGAAGCUAUCGCACGAGAUUCCGGGGUUUCGGGGCCUCGGUUGGAGCUUAUCCAUGAGUACUAUGAUGAAUGGCCGACGGGCGUCGCCGUGUCUUCCACCGGUCGCAUUUUCAUCUGCUACCCCCUUGGCUUAGACGCGAACAACACCAAAUUCAAGUCGCCGAGCUUAUCAACAAGACCGCCGAGACACCGUAUCCCUCUGCUCUCUGCUGAGAUUAAUUCCCCCCCCAGGAGGACCAUUCAACUAUUCUACAACCCCGCCGGUUGGUCGUGCCCGAACUCCCGAUGGCACUUUGCUCUUUCCAGCUACGGGGGACCGAAACUCGUCGGUGUCAACCUCACCACUAAUCAGGUAUUCAAGACAAUUACGUUCUCGGAGGAUGUGGCGUACUCAACCUCGUACUUGAAUGACGUGCGCUUUGAUCUACGAAGCAUGAUCACCGGAACAGGCGAGGGUGCUGCGUACAUCUCCGACUCAAGCUUCACAUACAACAACGGCAUUAUUGUCGUAGACCUCGAUCCAAUUUUCGAGGUAACAAUCUGGGGAGAUACAGUGCAAUCCCAGUCAACGGGCAUCGACGGAAUAACCCUCUCAGCGGACGGGGAAAUGCUAUAUUUCGGCGUCGUAAGCGGACGGUACAUUUACUCAGUGCCUACUGCCCGGUUACUCGACGAUACAUCCUCUAAUGCGCAGAUGAAAUCCAUUGCUGCUGUUAAUCGACUAGUGCAGAAGGGGGUCAGUGAUGGCUAUGAGGUUGAUUCGAACGGCUAUAUUUACGUCGGCAGCUUUGAGACUAACUCUGUCAAUGUCUUCUUUCCAAAUAACUUGACUGUAUCGACUCUUGUUCUGGAGAGUGGUGGUUCAUUGAAGGGUUAUCUGUACUUUAUUGAGAACCAGCUUUGGAAGUCAGAUCGGGAGAAGCCGUAUGCCUUGUUUCGUGUUCCUUUGCCUGAUGGUGGGUUGAAGAUCACCUAG